AUGCUUCGCCCCACAGCCCUGAUCCAGGUGCUAAGUCAAGCUAUCACCAGAGGCGUCCAGAGCAUGCUGUUGCUGAAUAAUGAAGGCUCCCUGCUGGCCUACUCUGGUUAUGGGGACACUGCUGCUAUCGCUAGCAACACCUGGGCUGCCUACGACGAGGAUGGGAACCAAGCCUUUAACGAAGACAAUCUCAAAUUCAUCUUAAUGGACUGCAUGGAGGAUUGGGUGGCGAUCACUCAGGUGGCAAACCUGUUGCUGUAUAUCUACGCCAAAGAGACUGUGGCCUUUGGAAUGCUGAAGGCCAAGGCCCAGGCCCUGGUUCAGUAA